AUGGCUGAGAUGCACACUCCCUAUUCUUCCCUGAAGAAGCUGCUGUGUCUCCUCAAUGGCUUCCUGGCGAUGUCUGGCGUGAUCCUCAUCGGCCUGGGCAUCUAUGUCUCGUUCAGAGGGGCCGUGCUCACCACUGUCCUCGGCGUGUUCUCCACGCACCUGUUCCACGUGGGCUACCUGUGUCUGGCCAUGGGCUGCCUCACCGUGCUGCUGGGCUUCGCUGGGUGGUACGCCACAAGCAAAGAAAGCAGGGGCAUCCUCUUGUUUUGCCUCGUGUGGAUGGUCGUCGUCCUCAUUGUGGAAAUCACGGUCGCCACGCUGGUCCUCGCCUUCCUCCCGAUCGUUCAAGACGCAGCCCUGGAGCACAACUUUGUGGCCCUGAAGCGGAAUUACAGGGGUUACAAUGAGCCAGACCACUUUUCCGUGGAGUGGAACUUGGUCAUGGAGACGCUGAAGUGCUGCGGGGUGAAGAACUACACGGAUUUCUCCGGCUCCUCCUUCGAGAGGACGACGGGCUACACCCACCCCAGGAGCUGCUGCAAGGACAUGGGGACGGCGGCCUGCACUGGGCGCAACGCGUCCGCCGGAGUCAUCCACCAGGAGGGCUGUUUUCCCAAGCUCCUGAAAAUAGCCAAGACUCAGAGCAUCAACCUGAGCGCAGGCUCCCUGGGGGCAGCAGUGAUACAGCUGCCAGGAAUUCUUGCCACCUUGCUGCUGUUUGCGAAGCUGGGGUGA